UUUCCAAGCCGCUUAUCCUCACAAGGGGUCGUGGGAGGGAUGGCGCUCAUCCCAGGUAGCUUCAGGCAAAAGCCAGACGACAUCCUGCGCGUUGGAUUCGGCUUAAUCAUCCAAUUGCGCAAAAACGAAUAACUCCUUUUAACCAGACUCACUUCUACUUCUUUCUGUACUAUAUCUGCAAAAUACUUCAACUGAGAAAUUGACUCCCGCAACCUCGCGCCAUUCAUUGCUGGUACUUGCCUGACGGAAAACCUGCCCCUGGUACCUCCCACUACUAUACACAGACUAGAUAAAGCUCCUGGGGACCGGUUGUCUCUUGUUGAAGGAAGACCGGCGCUCCCCUGAUCAGUAUUCGUCAUCAUCCCGGAAUAACGAUGGUGUACUACGAGGUAACCGUCCACACCGGCAGACGUGUCAACGCCGCAUCCAUGGACUGCGUGCACGUUAAGCUGGUGGGAACGAAUGGCGAGAGUCCGCGGACGUGGCUGAGGCCUCCGAUCAUCUGCAGAAGAUUAGUGUCGACUUACACGGUUUGGUGUCCAAAGUCCCUCGGAGAGUUGGUUCUGAUAGAACUAGACAAACGCAACUUCCUGCUUUUGCCCGACGACGCUUGGUUCCCUGACAAGGUGGAAAUCAAAUCCCCCGAGCGAGACGUUUACACUUUUCCCAUCUACUCCUGGAUUAGUGACCGGAAGGUUCAUCGCUACAGAGAGGGCAAAGCUCUGAGGAUCUUUGAUGAAACCAACUCUCUUAGUCAAUAUGCGAGAGAGCAGGAGCUGUGCCAGCGAAGCAAAGACUACGACUGGGAAUUGUAUCAUCCAGGUGUGCCCUACACCAUAAAGUCAGAUGGUCCUUUGAGCUUGCCGGAUGAGGUCCAGUUCUCCUUCACCAAGACUGCAGACUUUGCAUUCACAGCAGCUGCAGGGUUGGCCGAGCUCAAUGUAAAAGGGUUGGUUUACAACCAGAGGAACUGGGAAAAUCUUGACAACAUCAAUUACGUUUUCUGCAACAAAGACACCCGCUUGUCAGAUUACGUCCAGGAGCACUGGACGGAAGAUGGAUUAUUUGCAUACCAGUUUCUAAAUGGAGUCAAUCCCACCUUGAUUCGACGUUGCAAAACUCUACCGAAAAAUUUCCCUGUGACGGAUGACAUGGUCUUCAUGCCGGAUGGAUCAAGCUUGUCGAAGGAGAUGAAGGAAGGCAACAUAUACCUGUGUGACUACAAGAACCUGGACGGCAUGCCGGCCAACACCAUACAAGGGACGAAGCAGUACAUGAUGGCGCCCCUUGUCUUGCUUCAUAAAAGACCCGACAACAACCUGAUGCCGAUUGCCAUCCAGCUGAAGCAGACUCCGGCUGAGGACAACCCCAUCUUUCUCCCCACUGACUCUCCAUAUGACUGGCUGACAGCUAAGAUUUUUGUCAGAAGUGCCGAUUUUGCAGAGCACCAAAUCAAUGCGCAUUUACUGCGCACUCACUUGCUGGCGGAGGUUUUUGCGGUGUCACUGCUGCGCAACCUGCCCAUGGUGCAUCCCCUGUACAAGCUCCUCAUACCACACACUCGAUACACUCUGCAGAUCAAUGAAUUGGCUCGGACGCAGUUGAUCGGACCAACUGGAGUCUUGACCAUGUUUGCAGCUUCUGGUAGAGAGGCUUUGACGAAGAUCUUGGCGAGAUCGCUGUCCUCAGUCACCUUCAGGUCCCUUUGCAUCCCUGAUGACAUUGUCGAUCGCGACUUGCAAGAUGUCCCCAACUUCUACUACAGAGAUGAUGGACUGCAACUGUGGAACAUUAUGUACAAAUUUGUGCAGGGAGUAAUACAGUACUACUACAAGAGCGAUGAUGAGAUCCAGCGAGACUCAGAACUGCAGACUUGGAUUAAGGACAUUUUUGAAUAUGGAUUUCUUUCCCAGACACAAACAGGAAUCCCUCAGAGUUUCACCACUGUGCCUGACCUGGUGAAGUUUGUCACUAUGGUGAUGUUUACUUGUUCAUGCCAACAUGCAGCUGUAAACAACGGACAGUACGACUAUAGUGGUUGGAUGCCCAACACCCCGGCAACCCUACAGGGUCCUCCACCAACAGAAAAAGGGACAACAAGCGAGGCCACAGUGCUGGAGACCCUGCCUCCUAUCAAUGUGACAGUUCAGGGAAUGGUCACAGUCUGGCUGCUCAGCAAGGAGUCAUCAGACUUUGUCCCUCUCGGACACUACCCAGAAGCCCAUUUCACUGAAGCGACUCCCCGCCAACUGCAAAGGGAUUUUAAAGCCAAGCUUGACAUGUUAUCGAACGCCAUCAACAACAGAAACCGCUGUCUGGAAAUCCCGUACACUUAUCUUGACCCAAAGAAGGUCGAGAACAGUGUGGCCAUCUAAACAAUCAAAAAGGAGGAUGGAAUAGUCCGCUGAGCAAUGAAAAACCGUAAUCC